AUGGAGAGGCUUAAGCAAUGGGCUGGAACAAGACGCUUAACCUUGGACGGUCUGUUGUGUGGUCUUUUGCAUGACGCCCUGGAACAAUGCCCUGAGUUCAUACCAGCUAUUUUCCCGGAACAAUGGAAGGAGUCUAUUAGGAGCGAUUGGCGAGUCCGGCUGCUGUUCCAAUUCUCUCAAGAGGAUAUCCGUGCGGCUUUCAAUCAACUCCUGCACCAUAAGGAACUAUAUGAGAACUACCUACUGUAUUUCUUCAUUGAUGGCCUUGAUGAAUGUCUCGAAACCUGCCAGGAGGACUAUUAUGAUGUGGGGGAUUUGCUGCUAGGGUGGAUUGACUUAGCCCCACUUGACUUGAAGCUCUGCGUUUCGUCCAGGAAUUAUGAAGUAUUUCGCACUGCCUUUGACGACGGAAUGAGGCUUCAGCUCCACGAACUGACUCGUUCCGACAUUGCGAACCUUGUUAUAUAUAGACUGGAAGGGUUUGAGAUAUGCAGCGACACCAAGACAGCAGUAACAGGCCAACAUAUCGAACGUUUGCUGUGGUUGGAAAGUUCUCCGAGCUUUGGAAUGACACCAAUGACUCUUCUCAGAUACACCUUUUUGUUCGACUAUGAAAUAGACAGCAACUUUGCUAUGCGUGCUGAGAUGAGAGGUUAUGAUCUAAGUGAAGCUGAUGUUGCGAUACGCAAGGUACAAGCUCAAGCAAGGCUUAAUGAUCAAUCAAGAGGCCAUUUGUCUACGAAGCUGGCUGACAUUGGUUAUGUCACCUUCAUUCACCGUUCGGUAUAUGACUUCCUCCAGAUGCAUCACAAGACGCAUAUUCGGGAAGCAUGCGAGGGAUUCAAUAUUGUUGACGCCAUGAGCCAGAUGGUCCUCGCUGAGAUCAAGUUUUUCGGCUUGUGCUCAGUUCACUCUACCAGGCUUCGCUGGCUUCUUCUGAAAGAUUUGCCCCAGUUAUUGAGACUUUGUCAAGAGGAAGCUAAAGAUGCUUCGACCUUUCGUUUCUUCGAUGAGCUCGAUUACGCAGUCCUUUGCGCUCAAGGGCUUAACUCCCUUCAGGACCACCCAAGCCAGCUCCAGGUGUGUAUCAGUAAGACAGGCCACUUUACCCCCUCUGCGUGCUAUUUCUCGGUUUUCCAUCGGGCUAUCUAUACACAGUAUAUCGGAUAUAUGCGCUACAAGAUAGCCGAGGAUUCGCGGUUGGUUUAUGACAAAUUCCAGUUCACACAUAUUCUAGCUUGCAUUAUUGAAUCAAUAUACGAUACAGAUUUGCCCAAGGCCCACACAUGGAAAUCACCUACAUCAAGGGAUGGUUCCGUACCAAUAUUCUGA